GCAGCCGAUUCGGAAUCGCGUCGUGAGCUUGGGGGGGGGGGGGCUCAAGAUGGCCGCCGUGGCCGACGUUCCGGCCUUCGCCGUUGUCUGCUCCUUCCUGCGCCGCUACUCAGCGGCGCUCGACCUCCCGGCGCUCUCCUUCCCGCAGCUCGAGGAGGCGCUGCUCGAGCGCGACCACGUCCCCCAGGUGCUGGUGGAGCUGCAUGUGAAGCUGCUGCGGAAGCUGGGCCGCACCGUGAGCUACGAGCGAUGGGAGAAGCACCUCGUCCGCAUUUGCCAAGAUCACAACCUGACGUGGGCCUGGGAGCUGGAGACUCUGGGCUACCCCAAGCUCAACCCCAGCUACAAGCUCGUCAUCCUCAAGCACCUGUGCGAGAGCCAGUUUGACGACAACGUCAAGUUCAAGAACGUGGUGAACGAGGAGGAUGAGGACGCGAUGAGGCUGCAGCCCAUCGGGCGCGACCGCGACGGCCUCGCCUACUGGCUGCAGCUCGACGACGACUUCAACGUGCGCCUCUACACGGAGGAGCAGGAUGACGAGGCCUCCUGGAGGCUCGUCUCCCGGGACCGCGGUCAACUGGCCGAGGUGGUGCAGCUGCUCAAGGCUCAGGUGGAGGUGGACGACAGAGGCUGUGGCGAAUCCGGCGACAGCCCCCUCGCCGCGCCCGGCCAGGAGGCCUCGGCAUCUCUGUCCGGCUCGGCCGGAUCCGGAUCGCCGUGCGCCGAGGAUCCGGCAAGUGCGGAGAUCGCCGAUCCAGAGCGGCGGCAGCGGCAGCAAUCGCAGACGGACACAGAGACGCCCUUCACAGAUGCGUGUGGACAGAAAGCCGAGGGUGAUCGUUCGCACGAGCAACCCUGCCCCCCAGACGACGAUCGUCAGGCGAAGGAGCAGCCGCAGAAGGAGGAUCAGCGGCAGCAGAGGCAGGAAAAUCAUCAGCAACAGAAGCAGGAGGAUCAGCAGCAGCACGAUUCGUCUCAAGAGCAGAGGCAAGAGGCCAUCGACAGGCUUGGCGGAGUCCAGGGGGUCGCUGGCCGGGGGGUUGGAGGUGGCGAGGUGGUGAAGGCCGAGCGAGGGGACGAGCGGCACUGUGGCGAGUCCCCGCAGGAGCCAGCGGCUCUCUCCGGGAAGGCGGAAGAGGGCGCGGCGGUGGCGACGACGAAGAAGGAAUCAGGUGACGACCGAGCGCAUCUCCCCGACCUUGCCGAGGCGAGCGCGGCCACUCCGGUCGCCGUCAAACUCGAAGCCGCCGUCGCCGAAAAUGACGAGCACGACGAGAAAUUCCACGCCGACGUCACUGGCGCGACGAGGCCGGAGAACGACGACAGCGGUGUCGGCGUCAAAAGCGAGCGGCAGCGGCGCGAGGAGAAGCAGGCGAAGCUGCCAAUGAAGAAACGCGAGCUGAAGAUGUCUCAACGGUACUCGGCGGUGGUGUCGGCGGCGGAGACAACGGCGGGUCCGGCGCGGCCCUGGGAGGCCGGCGCCAAGUGCCAGGAUCGUCCCGGCACACACCACCACCACCACCACCACGCGCAGAAAUGGGAGUCGGACUCAGAACGCCCGACGUGUAAAGCCGAGGGUGAGGGAGACGCCGCCACCACCGCCGACGUGAAGCCGGAAGCCACGUUAAGUUCGCCCGUCGGCGAGGCCGGGCCGAGGCGGGGCUUUAAGCGGGAGGCGCCGACGGACGCCGGCGCGGUCGUUAAGGAGGAAGCCGGCGCGGAGGAGCCGCCCGCGAAGGAUUGUGGGGAAACAGCGGCUCGGCAUUGUGAGAAUGCGGAGGGCGGCGACGCGGCGGCGCUGGCGCCGAGCGAGUCGGAGCCUCGCGGAGGCGGCCGGGUGGAGUGGACGGGCGCGGACAGGAAGGGCGGCGAGAGGUCUGGCCUGCUGCCCACUCCUAAAAGCGGCGGUGAGCGGGAGGAGGAGGGCGAUCGCGGUGGUGGACGGUGCGGGCGAGGAGAAGCCGGGAAUAAUGACGUAGCGACGGAGGCCACCCCGCUCGGUAAUCUGCACACCUGGCCGAUAGCCUCGCACCACGGCGUUGAUGACGACGACGACGACGACGACGUAGAUGGCGGCGACGACGGCGAUGAUGAUGGUGGCGACGAGGGAUACGCUAGGGGGGUGGUCGAUGCCGUCUCGGACGAGCGCAAGCAAGGCACUGCGACGGAGGCGGACGGUGUGAAGUCGCGGGACGCGGACCUGGCCCGCUGCGCCGAUGAGACGCGGGCGGUGGCCGCCAGAGCUGGGGCCCCAUAUCCACUCCUCCCUCACCACCGUCACCACCACCACCACCACCGUCACUCUCACCAGCGUCACCACCGCCACCAUCACCACCACCACCAGCAGCAGCAUCAGCAGCAGCAGCGCCAGGGCGUCAUCGUAGCCAAUGUGUACAUGAGGGAGGCCGCCCCUCCUCCGACGGAGGCAGGGGGCGGCGCUGAUGCGGGCGAGCAUCCCUCUGGAACCUCGGAGGACACUGCCGCUCUCGCGUCGUCUCGGCAGGAGGUGGUGGACUGUGGCGGCACCGCCGCUUGCGCUGUUGCCGCCAUCGCCACGGGCAAGGGGGCGAGCAGAGCGCAGGCGAACGGCGCGGCUGUAUCGGCGAGGAGGGAGAAACCGAGGGGCGAGGGGCACGAGGGCAAUGAGGAGAGGGGAGAGGCGCCAAGAAGGGAGCGGGAGAGAGGGGCGGGCACCUCCUCGCUGGCGGCGCGAGACGGCGGUGGGGAACUGGACGCGGGUGCCGCGGGCGUCGUCGCGGGCGCCGCCGGAGCCGUAGAAGAGGAGCGGCAGGAGCCGAAAGUUACGAAGCACCGGCCGAAGCCGCAAACGACGACGAAAACAACAACAGGGGAAACUCGGCCGAGCGCCGCCACCGCAACCCGCGAGGGUUCCGUGAAGCCAGCGGAAGCGACGUCCGGCGCGGCACGACUGGAGGAGCACGCGAGCGACCGCGGAGACACGGAGGGCGAACCGGCGAGAGGAUCAACGGCUGCUGGCGACGCCGAUCAUGUGGCUGGGGCUCGGCACUGUCCGGAUUUAGGUCCUGGGUCUGGCCCAGAUGUAAGACCGGGGUCCGGUCCGGAUUUACGUCCCGAGUCUGGCCUGGAUUUGGGUCCUAAGUCUGGUCCAGACGUAAGACCUGCGUCUGGUCCAGAUUCGGCUUCUGGUCCGGGUCAACAUUCAGUCACCGGGUCCAGUCCACGUCCGGGUGGCGAGGCUCGUCCGUUAACGUGCCGUGAACCGGUUUGGAAUGCGAGUCCCAAGUCCGGUGGCAAUGCCACGGAGAUACUGGCCGGCGGCCUGCGCGUCUGCACCGCCGACCGCCAAGGGUCGGGACGCGGCAAAGGCGAGGCCUCGGAAGCCGACGGUGGACGGCGAGUUGCGGUCUCGCAGGAAACCGGCGAGGGCGAUGAGGACGGGGCGGAGGACGUCGCCAGACCGGAAAGGGAGGACGGCAUCGGGGGCGCAGCGGAAGACGGUGGGGAGCGCACGGAAGUGAACUGUGCGGACCGCGGGGCCGUCGGCACGGGUGGCGCCAGCGCUGGACGAGACGGGCACGGCAGUGCUGAUAAUUCUCCCAGAGUUGACUUGGGCGACGCCGCCGUCAACAGGGCUUCUACGGGAGAAGGUUCCGCUGGUGGUGGUGCCGUCACCGCCGCUGCCGCGGACGGGGGCAGUGAAGGAAGUGGUGACGUUGCGGCUGACGAUCAAAGCGGAAGAAGAGCGGGUGUUGAUGUUGGUCCUGUUCGCGGCGGUGGAGACAUUUCCGGCGCGGACCAAAGCAGGGGUGCACUCGCCAAUGCCGGUGAUAAAACCAACGGUGCGAGUGCUGCGACUGCCCGCAGAGUCGCCAUUGAUGAUGGUGAAGAUGGAGUGGUUCGUUCUCGCGACACAAGUCGCGGCGGUGGACAUAGCGACGGUGUCGCUCAUCCAGUCGGCGGUGGAGACGUCGCCAUCAGCGAUCCAGCGGCUGCGGGCGCGGGUAGUGCAGCCGUUGACCAAACCGGCAGCGGAGGAGUCUCCAGUGCCAGUGGCCGUCGGGCGAGGGGUGGAGCCGACGAUCAUGCCGGAGAUGGCGAUGAACCCGCCGGCGACCAGGCCGGAGCUCGAGGCGAAGCGUCGGGCCGCGCUGGCUUUGACGCGGUUGGGACUGGGCGACCUCUGGCUGGAGCCCAAACCGCCCCCGUUGCUCAACGUGUCCAUCCCGUUGCUGGAGGUGGACACGCUGCCGGUGGCGGCGGUGGUGGUGGCAGCGGUGGUGGUGGUGGUGUUGCCCGUGGAACCUCUACCGCUGCCGCCGACGGAGGCGAUCGUCGAGCCGUAGCUGGAGCCGGGGCGGCCGAUGGUUGGGAGGCAUCCGGAGGCCAGGGGAGGAGUGGGAUUGACGGCGGCGUUGUUUCUGCAGGCGCUGAGAAAUAUGGGAAUGAAGCCGAAAAAGCCCUUGGCGUUGAUCCAGAUAGAGGAGGAAAAGGAGGUGGUGAUGGUGGUGGUGAACGGGCUGGAGAUAGAGGUGGUGCUGCUGCUGCUGACGAUGGUCAAACUGAUAAUGAAAAUGAUGCCGAUCAAAGCACUGGUGGAGAUGUUGGUGAUGCUGAUGUAGUCAAGGGUGGAGAUAGUGGUGCUGAUAAACUCGAGGGUGGAGACGUUGCCGGUACGCAUGAAGUCAAGGGUGGAGAUGUUGGCGGAGCUCAUGAACUCAAGAGGGGAGAUGCUGCUGGUGCUGAUGAAGUCAAGCGUGGAGAUGAUGAAAUCAUGGAUGGAGAUGAUGAAGGCAAGCGUGGAGAUGUUGAUGAAAUCAUGGGUGGAGGUGAUGAACUCAAGGUUGGAGAAGUUACUGGUGUUAAUCGAAUUCAGGUUGGAGAUGUUGCUGGUGUUGAUCAUCUCAAGAAGGGAGAUUUGGCUCAUGUUGAUCAACUCAAGAAGGGAGAUGUGGCUGGCGUUGAUCUACUCAAGAAGGGAGAUGUGGCUGGUGUUGAUCAACUCAAGAAGAGAGACGUGGCUGGUGUUGAUCAACUGAAGAAGGGAGAUGUAGUUGGUGUUAAUCAACUCAAGAAGAUAGAUUUGUCUGGUGAUGAUCAUCUCAAGAAGGGAGAUGUGGCUGGCAUUGAUCAACUCAAGAAGAGAGAUGUGGCUGGUGAUGAUCAUCUCAAGAAGGGAGACUUGGCUGGUGAUGAUCAUCUCAAGAAGGGAGAUUUGGCUGGUGAUGAUCUACUCAAGAAGAGAGAUGUGGCUGGUGAUGAUCAACUCAAGAAGGGAGAUGUGGCUGGCGUUGAUCAACUCAAGAAGAGAGACGUGGCUCAUGUUGAUCAUCUCAAGAAAGGAGAUGCGGCUGGUGUUGAUCUACUAAAGAAGGGAGAUGUGGCUGGUGUUGAUCAACUCAAGAAGAGAGAUUUGACUGGUGUUGAUCAACUCAAGAAGGGAGAUGUGGCUGGUGAUGAUCAAUGCAAGAAGAGAGAUGUGGCUGGCGUUGAUCAACUCAAGAAGAGAGAUGUGGUUGGUGUUGAUCAACUCAAGAAGGGAGAUGUGGCUGGUGUUGAUCAACUGAAGAAGGGAGAUGUGGCUGGUGAUGAUCAAUGCAAGAAGGGAGAUGUGGCUGGCGUUGAUCAACUCAAGAAGAGAGAUGUAGCUGGUGUUGAUCAACUCAAGAAGAGAGAUGUGGUUGGUGUUGAUCAAUGCAAGAAGAGAGAUGCACCUGUUGAUCAACUCAAGAAGGGAGAUGCGGCUGGUGUUGAUCAACUGAAGAAGAGAGAUGUGGCUGGCGUUGAUCAACUGAAGAAGGGAGAUUUGGCUGUUGUUGAUCAUCUCAAGAAGAGAGAUGUGGCUGGUGAUGAUCAACUCAAGAAGAUAGAUGUGCCUGGUGAUGAUCAACUCAAGAAGGGAGAUUUGACUGGUGUUGAUCAUCUCAAGAAGGGAGAUGUGCCUGGUGAUGAUCAACUCAAGAAGGGAGAUUUGACUGGUGUUGAUCAUCUCAAGAAGAGAGAUGUGGCUGGUGAUGAUCAACUCAAGAAGAUAGAUGUGCCUGGUGAUGAUCAACUCAAGAAGGGAGAUUUAACUGGUGUUGAUCAUCUCAAGAAGGGAGAUUUGGCUGGUGUUGAUCAUCUCAAGAAGGGAGAUGUGGUUGGUGUUGAUCAACUCAAGAAGGGAGAUGUGGCUGAUGUUGAUCUACUCAAAAAGGGAGAUGUGGUUGGUGUUGAUCAACUCAAGAAGGGAGAUGUGGCUGUUGAUCAACUGAAGAAGGCAGAUUUGGCUGGUGUUGAUCAACUCAGGAAGGGAGAUGUGGCUGUUGAUGAUCAUCUCAGGAAGGGAGAUGUGGCUCAUGUUGAUCAUCUCAGGAAGAGAGAUGUGGCUGGUGUUGAUCAACUCAAGAAGAGAGAUGUGGCUGGUGUUGAUCAACUCAAGAAGGGAGAUGUGGCUGGUGUUGAUCAUCUCAGGAAGAGAGAUGUGGCUCAUGUUGAUCAUCUCAAGAAAGGAGAUGUGGCUGGUGAUGAUCAUCUCAGGAAGGGAGAUGUGGCUGGUGAUGAUCAUCUCAGGAAGGGAGAUGUGGCUCAUGUUGAUCAUCUCAAGAAAGGAGAUGUGGCUGGUGAUGAUCAUCUCAGGAAGGGAGAUGUGGCUCAUGUUGAUCAUCUCAAGAAAGGAGAUGUGGCUGGUGUUGAUCAACUCAACAAAGGAGAUGUGGCUGGUGUUGAUCAAUGCAAGAAAGGAGAUGUGGCUGGUGUGGAGCGACUCGAAGGUGGAGAUUAUGGUGGCAUUCGUAAAGUCAAGGGUUGUGUUGACGAAAUGAAAGAUGUUGAUGAAGUUAAAGCACUAAAAAAGGGAAUUGUUGCCACAGUCGAGGGUGGAAAAGACGAUGCCAUUGUUGGUGGAGCCAAGAAGACAGCCGAUUCCGUUGACGCUCAAAACCGAGGGCGGAGAUGGGGGCGGCGUCGUUGGAGACCAGGCUCCGCUCGUCGUGAUGAGCUCGGUGGAGCUGAUGCUGAUGGAGCCCGUCGUGGUUUUGGUGCCACUGGUGGCGCCGGUGGAGUUGUCGGUGGAGCCGAUGGUGGCGAUGGCGGUCGCGUUGACGGGAUCCUUGCUGCUGAUGGCACAGCUGACGGCAAUGCUGCCGCUGGUUUUGGUGAGCACGCUGCUGACGGAGCCCGCGGCCUACAAGGUGACAAAUCUUCUGGCGCAGACGACAAACUGGACGAAGGGGCUUCGGAGGGCGAGGGGCACCCGGUCAAAAUAGCCGAUGGAGGAGGAGGAGUAGAGCAAGCCGGACCGGGGGUCACGGGUCAAGAGUCGCACCUGGACACAAACGUCCGAGUGCACGGCCGGGACGAGUCCUCGAAGGAAACCGCGAGCGAGAAGAAGAUUGUGGAGGAACGGUCAGAGGAGGACAAGGAGGAGAACAAGGAGGAGGAGGAGGAGGAGCGGGAGGACUGCGGGAAAUCAGCGGGGAGACGAGGCCACCCCUCAAAGAACGACGGCAACGACCCCGGCGUCCGCCUCCCCGCGGAGGACCCCGAGGGCCAGCAGCGGCCCGCCAACGAGCCGGCGCAGCCCGAGGCCGCCGAAGCGGCAGGAGAUUCGGCCAAACCCGAAUCGUCGGCAACGCCCGGGGACACCGGCGGGCUCGGCACGGCGACGGAGACGACGCCGGGAGGCGGCGGCGAGGAGGGCACGGCGUCGGCGGGUCGCCAAGUGGACGCCGGCGAUCUGAGGCCCCCGGACGGCGACGCCGGCCGGGCGGCCGCCCCCGGCAGGGGGGCGGCCGGCGGCGGCGGAAAGAGGCGCGGCGCCGGCGGCCGUGGGAAGGCGAGGGCGGCGGAGGGGAGCAAGCCGCCGUCGGCUGGGCAGGAGAGCGAGCGCUACGACGAGGCGGGGGCGGCGGCAACGUCGGCGGCGUCGGCGGCGUCGGAGGCGGCGGCGAAAGAGGUGAAGGGGAAACGCGGCCGGAGCGACGUGGCCGGGGACGUGGGGAGGUCGCAGGGGUCAAGGCAGGAGGCCGGCAAGCGCAAGCGCACGCCGGGCCGACGGCAAGGCAACGGCAAGCGCCCGCGCGGCGCCGGCGGUCGGGGCAAGCGCAAGCGGUGGUCGCGGUGGUGCAACGCGGACACGGAGAGCGAAGACGAUGACGAGCGGGAGCAGGAGGAGGAGGAGUUCCUGAUGGACGGCCUGCAGGGCGACGACGACGACGACGACGACGAGGAGGAGAGGGACGGCAUCGUCUACGGCGGGGCGCGGUGGCCCCGUCUGGCGCCCGCCCAGCGGCGCGCCGACGAGGCCAAGGCGAAGGAGGGCGGCGGGGAGGCGGAGGAGGAGGAGGAAGGGAAGGAGGGGCGGGACAGCGGGCAGGAGCACGAGGAGGUGGUUGAGGAGGAUCCCUGUAAGAAGUGUGGACUCUCGAACCAUCCUGAGCUGAUCCUGCUGUGUGACUCGUGCGACAGCGGCUACCACACGGCGUGCCUGCGCCCCCCUCUCAUGCUCAUCCCCGACGGGGAGUGGUACUGCCCGCCCUGUGAGCACAAGAAGCUGUGCGUGAAGCUGCAAGAGGCAUUGACGGACCUCGACGCGAUGCUCAAGAAGAAGGAGCGGGCAGAGAGAAGAAAGGAACGGAGCAUCUACCUGGGAGUCAACACGGAGAAUAUCAUCAGCCCGGCCGCCAAGGCGGAGAGCGACGCUGCUGCUGCUGCUGCUCCUCCUCGCUGCACGUCCCCGCCGGAGGCAAAGCGUGCGGAGCUGCACGCUUUGCUGCUGCUGGAGCGGCGCUCGGCACGCGCGAGGCGAGCGCCGGUCAGCUACCGCUUCGAGGCCUUCGACGAGGCCAUCGACGAGGCCAUCCAGUACGACAUGAGGGAGGUCGAGGGUGCCGGCCUCGGCAAGGACAUCGAGAACCUGAAAGCGUCGCGGCCCCGCCCGCCCGCCCCAGUGCAUCGUGGGAAGGACAUGUCGGCCAUCCUGGGGGCGGCCGUGGACGACGGCGACGAUGGGGGCGAUGCAGAGGAGGAUGAGGAGGGAGAGGAUGAGGAGGAGGAGGAGGAGGAGGAGACGCGGGGAGCUGGGGGCAAAGGAGGAGGGCAGCCCAAGGAGGAGGAGGAGGAGGCGGAGUUGGUCUCCGGGGAAGGCGAGGUUGCCGGGCGCGACGAGGUUGCCGCGGCGACGGGCCGAGGAAGGAAGCGGAGGUACAGGAAGAGGAGGAGGCUGAACGCGCUGGACAGCGAGAGUAGCCGUGAAGACUCGCAGGACGAGGAGUACCGCUGUGAGCAGAGCGACAGCGAGGCCGAGGAGCAGCUGUCGGAGGCGGACUACGAGGAAGAGGAGGGCCUCAGCAGCGGUGGCUCGUCCGUGGGUUCGGCCCACGGGCCUCGCGGGGCCCUGAGGCGGGCGCGGGGCGGCCGGGGUGGACGGGGCCGGUCCUCGUCGGCGAGGAAGGGCCGGAGGCUGAGAGGACGCCCCGGGCCGAAGAGGAAGAGGAGGAGGAGAGGAGGAUUCUCGGAUGACGACGAGGAGGAGGAGGAGGAGGAAGAGGAGGAGGAAGAGGGCAGCGAGCUGGGGAGUGACGUGACGGACGAGGACCUGGUGGACUUCCGGCGCCGCCGGUCGCGGCGAGCGACCGCGGCCCGCUCGGUCAACUACCGCGAGGACUCCGAGAGCGCCGGGGAGGAGGGCGCGGGGGGCCGGCGAGCGGGGGGGGCGCCCCGCGGACGCACCGCCACCAUGCUGGCCGCCUUCCGGAAGCGGAAACGGGGGCACAGCUCCGACAGCGGAGCGACCGCGGCCUCGCGAAGCGACGACGACGCCGCCGCCGCCUCCUCCUCCUCCUCCGACGACGACGGCCGCCCCCCCGUCAAGCGCCACCGCAACCGCCUCGACUCCUCCUCCUCCUCCUCCUCGUCGUCCUCCGCAUCGCCCGCACGGCGCGACGACGACCGGAGGAACGGCCGGGAGGGAGCCGCCUCGUCGGAACGGGCGCCGGCCAACGGAGCGAGGACGGCCGUCGGCGCCGGCGACGGCGGGGGUCGCCCGCCGGCGCCGUUGCCGCGGGCGACCCCCGUCCCACCGGGCCUGUCCUCGUCGACGACGACGAGGAGGAGGGUGGACGGCGACGAGGGCGGUGGCGGCGGCGACGCGGCGGAGGAGGAGGAGGACGUCGACGACGUGGACCUCCUGGACGUCGCCGACCUGGUUGAGUACGUGUGCAGCAGCGGCAGCGUGCUCUAACCGCACCGCCCCGCGGGCCCGUGGCCGGCGGCUCGUGGCCGGCCGGCCGCCGCCGCCGCCACCGCCGCGGUCGUUUGGCUGGUGGCUUGACUUUGCUCUUUACUUUUUUUUUUACAACCACGUGACUUUAACCGCCCGGCUAUCAUUUGUGGAGAGGAGGGGGAGGGCGGGGGUGGGGCGACCGGGCUCAACGGAACAAUUCCUCCCCCCGUCCGCCACGUUGGCGCGCAGAAGCGGCGUCCAUCCGUAAGUCUCCUGUGAGCAACGCGGCGGCGGCGACGACGACGGGCGGCGAUGGCGGCGAUCGGAAAUGUACUAAUGACGGAGCAAUCGCCAAAACGGUGUUCACUUUUGAGACUUUUAUUUUUUGUACUGUUGUAAUGGCACGUUAGACGCCCACCUCACCCUCCCCCACCUCCCCCCCCCACUCCUCUUCCGGCGGUGGCGGUGGCAGAAAUGAACGGAGCGAUCCCGUGCCCGCCGCGCUGCUGUAACGAACCGCCGCCCCCCCUAACCCCCCUACCCCCCCCCCGACAGAAGAAAGCGCCGUCCAAAUAUUUCUCAAGACGCGUUUGUAAUUACAUCGCUCACGCCGCUCUCGCUAACGGUGUGCGACGGACGGGUUCCCGCGGCGGAAAUUCCACAUUGCCGUGGCAAGAUGGAGCCUUGUACACCCCUCUCACCCCCCCACCGCCCCCACCAAUACCUGCAUAGCACGGCCUCCACGUCCGACAUCAUCUGCACAAAGUGGUACUCGUUUUAUGGACCGUGAAGAACCGAUGAUGGUGAUGACGACGAAGGUGAUGGGCGGGGAUAUGAACUUUGUGACCUUCAGUUGCUUGAGAAGUCGAUCUCCCUCCACGGCCGGCAUGAACUGAGAGUAGUCGUAGUGUUAUCAUUAUUAGUGUUAUUAUUAUUAUCAUUAUACUUGUUAUUAAUGCUGUCGCAUAAUUAUUCUUUG